AUGGACUUGAUCAUGACCAUAGCAGCGGUUUUAGUAAUCGACUUUAUCAGAGGCAUGUGGGUCAGAUUUUGCUCAAAGUGGUGGUGCUGGAACCUGGAAACGACAUUUCCAGAGUACGGAGAGUUCAAGGUCGCCGAGAACGUGCUUCACGUAAUCAACAACCAAGGAAUGAUCUGGCUUGGCAUGUUCUUUUCGCCGCUGCUGCCGGCGCUGAACAACGUUAAGCUGAUCAUUUUGAUGUACAUUCGAGGAUGGGCCGUGCUGACGUGCAACAUUCCGACGACCGAAGUGUUCAGGGCUUCCAAGUCUAGCAACUUCUACUACAUGCUCCUUUUGCUCAUCAUGUUCCUGUGCAUCUUGCCGGUCGGCUACGUGAUCGCGUCCAAGGAGCCUUCGAAAACCUGUGGACCUUUCGGUGGCAAGAAGAAGUUCUACUCGAUACUGACUGACCAGCUUCAGUCGUCCCUUCCGAAAGAAGUCUACAACAAGAUGACAUUCCUCUCUUCGCCAGGCAUUGUCAUUCCCAUCAUGUUACUGUUUAUGUGA